AUGGGUGUGAUUACCGAAGUUAUUAUUGGUUACCUUCGUCCAAACUCGGGAUUGUGUCUUAUGACUUUGAAGUCCUUAAGUUACCAGGUGGAUAAUCAAGCCGAAUCUUUUAUUGCAGAUCAGAAACUUGCUCAUUAUGCCAAGAUUCCUCAAAGAUCCGUUUUCAGAGGUCAAUUGAUUGCUGUUUUUUUCCAAUGCCUUACUGCUUUGUGUGUUAUCAACUGGCAAAUUAACAAUAUUCCUGGUAUCUGUACCGAUGAAGCCGAAAAUCACUUUACAUGUCCUAAGGAUGUGAACUUUUACUCAUCAUCAGUCUUCUGGGGUGUGAUUGGUCCAAGAAGAAUCUUCAGUGGCUUAUAUCCUAUUCUUAAAUGGUGCUUCUUGAUUGGUUUCCUUCUUGCUCCUUUGUGCGCAGCUUUGAAGAGGUAUUUCCCUAAGUACACCACUCAUUUUGAACCAUCUCUUAUUAUUGGUGGAAUGUUGCAAUACGCUCCUUAUAAUUUAUCAUAUCUUACUGGAGGUUUAUAUGCAUCGUAUGCGUUCAUGCACUACCUUAAGAAGCACCAUGCUAGGUGGUGGGAAAAGUACAAUUAUGUUUUGGCAGCAUCAUUUUCCUCCGCUGUUGCAUUUUCGGCUAUUAUCAUAUUCUUUGCAGUUAAAUAUCAUCCAAAACCUAUAAGUUGGUGGGGUAAUGAUGUUUUAGAUUUGGGUGUUGAAGGUGGUGAAGGUCAACAAACAUUACUUAAUGCUACCAGUGUAGCCGGUGGCUACUUUGGUCCAAGGAAAGGUGAUCUUCCUUGA